GAGGCGCGGGCGGGCCGCAGGCGGAUCGCCGGGCCUCGCGCAGGAGACAUGUCCGGGGGUAGCAGCUGCAGCCAGACCCCGAGCCGGGCCAUCCCCGCCACCCGCCGGGUGGUCCUCGGCGACGGCGUGCAGCUGCCGCCCGGGGACUACAGCACCACCCCCGGUGGCACACUCUUCAGCACCACCCCAGGAGGAACCAGGAUCAUCUAUGACCGCAAAUUCCUGAUGGAAUGUCGGAACUCACCUGUGGCCAAAACGCCCCCGAGGGACCUGCCAACCAUUCCUGGGGUCACUAGUCCUACCAGUGACGAACCACCUGUGGAAGCUAGCCAAACCCACCUGCCCAACAGCCCAGAAGAAAAGCGGGUGACUGGUGAAGAGUCACAGUUUGAGAUGGACAUUUAAGGGACCAGCCAUCAGAUGGAGCGAUGCUUCUGAGCCCCUCAGUCCCUUCUCAGGAGAAGAGUUACACCAGCCAGGCCUAACGAAAGUUACCCUGCUGGGCAUUCAGUUGUGGUGUUGGUCACCCAGCCCUACUCUCACUCAGGGCACCCGCUCCCCUUUCCUCUUGUGAACACCAGCACAUACCUCCUUGUGCCUCCAUUGAUGCAGGAGCUGCAACCCCAAAGGGAGUGACUCUUGCGUACACACUGCAGCCAUCUUCCAAGACUUGGACAGAGAGGAACUCUUCUGAAUGAUCAUCUGGCUUCUCCAGACCCAUCCUCUUGGUAUACCCCUUCUUAGGUUGGGGUACCUGGCAAAGUUCCCCUCCACUUCUUUCCCUAAGAUAGGAAAUAAAAUCCACCUUCACUAUAGGGCCAAGUAUUUGGCCCCGAUUGAGCUCUUUGCAACUCCAAGUGAUACCAGCUACUCACUAUGUUCAGUGCUUGUAAUGUAGUUUACAUUAAUUUCAUUUGGUUCUCAUACUGAUCCUCAUAUUUGCAGCUAAGAACUCAGACUGGCUCAGGAAAAAUGACAAUAUGUGGGACUUGAGCUCUGGUAUUCUCCAUCUUAUUUUUCAGUGGCAAAUUCUACCUCUCUGUCGAGUGACACAGUUAGCUUCCAGCUCAUUGCAAGUGAGAGAAAGGGAAAUGCUAGUUAUUGCUAGUAGGGAGUCUCUUCGGUCCAUAUAUCCCUGAUCUUUAUUGAGUGAUCCCUUUGUGUGAGCUGACAUGAAGGGGGGUAAGAUGAAGCAAGCUCUCCGCCUUAAGGAUUUCAUUGAAAUGUAAGAUUUAUUUUCCAAUUGUUUUAAAAUAAAAAAAAAA